AUGGUAUUGCAAGGCUGCCUUAGCAUGCAGCUUUCAUCUCCUGACCCCGGAGCCAACAAAAAGAAGACUCAAGUCCCAGACUUGAAGGCUCUGGAAGCGUACACUGAGAACCCCGGAAGCCUUCAAGCCUCUGCAUUGGUCGAGGCGACCACAAGCCGCACUACAACGUCCUCCAUGCCGCCCUCUUUGCAGAGGGCCGCGGAGGUACGAAGGACGGCCCAGGGAUCCGCUCAGACGACGACGAAGCUGAGAAUGACGGUAGGGCCAUCUUCAGCAUCGCUUGUUAGAUCCCUUCAACUCAAAACCCCCGCGAACACCAAUCAGAAACAGUACAGCUGA